AUGGCUGAUGAGAAGAAAGCACAGCAAGCCUCCAAGAAGGGCGCGAAGAAAAUCAUCAAGAAGGCGCCAGCGAAGGGCGGCAGAAAGAGGAAGCGGACCAGGAAAGAAAGUUACUCCAUCUACAUCUACAAAGUGAUGAAGCAGGUUCACCCCGACACCGGCAUCUCCUCCAAGGCCAUGAGCAUCAUGAACUCGUUCGUCAAUGAUAUUUUCGAGCGUAUCGCGGGAGAGGCUUCCCGCCUGGCCCAUUACAAGCGCAGCACCAUCAGCUCCCGGGAGAUCCAGACCGCCGUGCGGCUGCUGCUGCCCGGGGAGCUGGCCAAGCACGCCGUGUCGGAGGGCACAAAGGCGGUGACCAAGUACACCAGCUCCAAGUGA